AAAUGAACUUCCGUAAUUUCUAUCUAAUCAAAAGCAAAAGGAAGCAUUAGGUUAAGCCUUCAGAACGAGAAAAGAUUCUAUUGUCACAGUACUGCAAUAGCAGAUUAAUAAAGCAAACAGUAACCAAAGAACACAAACCCACACAAGGAGAGUUACUGAUUAACUGAGGGAGGAGGAAAUAAUUUAAACGUCACUCGACAAGCUGAUGUACCGAUUUUCAGACUUUUAAAAUAACUUUAUGAGAUCUCUCUGUUGGUAAAGCAUUUCAUACGACCCACAUAUUUCGAAAUGCAAUAUGAUAAAAACAAGCAAGUUCGUUGCAAUGAAAUUCAUUUAAUGGCUAAACAAAAAAUAUCUGAUGCACUUAGAACUGUACAGUAUCUGACACUACUCGGUAAAAAUUCAGUCUCGCUGCAACCCACAGCAGCGGUCACAAACAUGGGGCUGUCUCUUUAAGAUACCGGAAGAGUCGCAGACUGCCGCCGGGUUACGCUGUUUAUUUCUGUAAAAACUGCGAAACAUCCAAAGGGCGAUGAUACGAUUGAACUUCGUGAGGACGCUGCGCUACAGCCCAAGUAGCUGGCACCGCCGGAGAGCGAUCGGCGCCGGAGCCCCGAGCUGCGUCGGCCGCCGGUGCGCCCACAGCAUGGACGACAUGUUAAAGAGGACAGUGGCCCCCAUGCCCACGUACGAGACCAGAGAUAAAUCCCCCCCGCCGGCGGAGGCGAGCAGUUUGGAGUUCAUGCGUUUCUACGGGGGUCUGGAAAGGCCGCAGAAGCUGGAGUUGCUUGACAAGCUGUCUGCGCAGUGUGGGGUGGACCACCGAGGCGUGUCGGAGCUGGCCGCCAAGCUGCUGGAGGCGCAGCAGCGGGACCUGGGGACCGUGCUGCAGGUGGAGGACAGGCUGAGGUACAGCCUGACGCCCAGAUACAAGCUCCUGCUCAGUCACAUUAGCCGAGUGGAAGGAGGGGUGAAAUUCUUAGUCGACCUGCGCGCCGACGUGCUUGAAAUCAUUUCUUCCCAAGCCUGCGACAGCCCACACAUCAGGGACCUGAACGGCGCUCUGAAGAGUCUGCUGUCAGAGUGGUUCUCGGCUGGCCUGUUGCAGCUGGAGAGAAUCACCUGGCAGUCACCUUGUGAGACCCUCCAGAAAAUUAGCCAGUAUGAGGCCGUUCACCCUGUGAGAAACUGGACGGAUAUCAAGCGUAGGGUGGGGCCCUACAGACGCUGCUACGCCUUCACUCACAGCGCCAUGCCAGGAGAGCCCCUGGUGGUCCUGCACGUUGCGCUUACAGAAGAGAUCUCUGACAAUAUCCAGAGCAUCGUUAGGGAGUUUUCAUCUCUGGACGCGGAGGAAGAUAUCAAGAAGAUCAAUGCCGCCGUUUUCUACUCCAUUUCUUCAACACAAGCGGGCCUGCAGGGAGUGGAGCUUGGGAACUUCCUCAUUAAGAAGGUGGUGCGAGAACUGCAGACUGGGAAGCAUUACCUGUACCAGGAUUGUGAUUAGCUGAAACUACCGUCACUGUAUACAGGCGAGUUUCCUCACCUGACGCAGUUCUCCAGCCUGUCUCCCAU